AGAACCAAUGCUAAAUAAAACGCCUCUUCCGCUUCACUCUGUAAACAGAAUGAUCUCAUUUCUAAUCUUCCUCCGUCUCUCUUUAGUACUAUUUUCCACCAUGCGUGACCAGAAACCAUGACAGAAAUGCCCGUGAAAGAAAAUAUUUGUAUUAUUUCUUUACGAUUUUUUCGACCUUUUGCCAUGAAGAGCAGUACCUGGAGAUCUUUGAGUUAGCCUGCAGGCUAGCAUGCUAAUUGUCCUGUAAAGAGGGCAAACAAUCAGCUGCCUGUUGCAAGCUUGUUAAAACUGUUGUCAUCUUGUGUUCUGCUUGGGGAAUAAUGGAAGGGGUGCUUUACAAAUGGACAAACUAUAUGACAGGAUGGCAGCCGAGAUGGUUUGUGUUGGAUAAUGGCAUUAUUUCAUACUACGAUUCCCAAGAUGAUGUAUGCAAAGGCAGUAAAGGCAGUAUUAAGAUGUCAGUAUGUGAAAUUAAAGUUCACCCGACUGACAUCACACGGCUGGAGCUGAUCAUACCGGGAGAGCAGCAUUUUUAUGUUAAGGCUGUAAAUGCGGCGGAAAGACAGAAGUGGCUGGUGGCCCUGGGAAGUUCCAAAGCUGGACUCAUUGACACUAGAACCAAAAAAGAAAGGGAGCUAACAGAAACCACAGAAUCACUUAAAACCAAGAUGUCCGAGCUGCGUCUGUACUGUGACUUGUUAAUGCAGCAGGUGCACACUAUUCAGGAGUCUGUGGAACAGGAAGGGGCGUCUACGGUGGCCAGCACUGAGACGAGGAAUGAGGCAUCCUCCUUACUGAGUGCCACCUGUGAAACCUUCAUCAAAACACUGGAAGAAUGUAUGAAAAUCGCCAAUUCCAAAUUCACAACUGAUAUGUUGCAGUCCAGUCCGUCUAAUUCCAUUAUGUCACCCGUGUCCCCUUCUCCCGUCCAGAUGUCCCGGAUGAAGCGUUCGAUCAGCCAUCCUGGCACCUACAAUUUUGAAAGGUCGAACUUACCAAAAGAAUGUGUGGCAUUGCAGAAGUCUGCCCAGAGACGCACACGAACAUGCUCGGAUACAGAGGCUCACAGCGACAGAGGGUCCGAAGAGACAGAACGCUUGAUGUUUCAUAGAGCAAACAUCAAUGGUGACUCCACUCCCAGUAUCGCAGAAGAGGUUGGAAUGAACACAAAGUUCCUGUCUGAAACUGACACCCCGGAAUCUGACCUUUCCCUCUAAACCACAAGGGAUAGCGGAUGAAUAGAUUUGGGAUAAAAGAAAAGCACGCACUGCUAUGCAAUCAAAGAUUGCAGCGUCACAUAGUCGGAUUUUACACAGUAUUGUCGUAUUUCCUAUUGAAGAAUUCGGUUGCACUUUAUAAAAACAGAUGACGAGAGGAAAACAAUAGUCCGAUUUGAAUGUUUAUAAAGUACUCUUCCAGGUAUUUUAAAGUAUUUGUUCGCCUUGACGCUACUAAGGUUUUCAUGUCUUAUUUUGUGAUAAAUAAUAAUUGCCAUAUCCCUUCAGUGAAGAGUUGAAGAUGUUUGUACUGGAUUUCUGAUGUGUUGUGCAGUUGCCUUUGUUAAAUGGGAAACCUUGAAAAAAAGGUUUUUGUUACUGUGCCAAGAGGUUGUGUGUACUUACUGACAUAAACUUUGGUUUUGUAUUCACUCGGCAUGUGAUGUUGUUCAUUCGUUUAUGAUGCGAAAUACAUUUAUUUAUUUUUGUAUGUUACUAGUUUUCUCCACAGCGUUGUUUUGCCUUAAUUCUUCGCAUGAAGGAAUUCGAUUAAUUAUUGUAAUGUUCAGAAAAAAUUAUUAAAAUGCAAUAGCAAGA